AUGAGAUGCCCGAAUAUCCUAAUUAGACCGACGUUAUUUUCUGCCGAGCGCAACAUGAUAAAUAUCGAUUUGGGAGAUUUGUGCGCCACAGGCGAUGAAAAUAGCUGGAUUGGCGUUUCAGUGGUCGUUUCCGUUACCGAUGAACAAAAGCGCCCAUUCGUCGACUGCAAAAUGUCCAGUCAACAUGCAACAAUCGAGAAUUCUGGCCUUCGAUACUGGAUAAGGAACACCUCAGAAGAAGUCCUACUCAAAAGGGAAAGACGAUCAUCGGAAAAAAUAACGAUCUUCGACGAAUGGAGAUACGCAUAG